CGCCCCGCUCCGCUGUCCGAAAACACAAAUUCAAGAGUGGCGAUUGUAGGCCUUCUCUUUCUCAGCGGCGUUGGGCGUGAAGGCGGGGGGAGUUCCGUUCCGUUCACACUCGGCCCAGAAACGAAACAGGUAAUUUUUGCGCCGCGUGGUGAAGUGAACCUUCUCUCUCUUUCUCUCUUUCUCUCUUUCUCUACCUCCCUUUCUCCUUCACUCCAUCUCUCUGUCUCUCUUCAGGUGACAUUGUGCGUGAAGAGGUGGAGAGUUCCGUUCAGACUCUGCCCAAAAUCGAAGUAGGUGGGUUCGCGCGGCGUGGCGAAGUGCACCCUCUCUCUCUCCCUCUUUCUCUGUCUUUCUUUCUCUCUCCUUCCAUCCCUCGCUCCUUCCCUCCCUCCGUCCUUCUCUCCUUCUCUCCUUCCCUCGCUCCAUCUAUUCGUUGUUUCAGUUUGCAACUCCAUUUUUACGUGGGGGUGCAUGCACGGCCGUAUGCGGAUGAACUACGGUAGGCUUGGUGUCAUGCCGUGAAUGCGGAGGGGAGGUCAGGUGCCUGUUCAGGAGGCAGGUAGGGGAAGGGGAGAGGCCUGCACCCAAAAGUUGAGGAAAGGCUGGCAGCGAAAUCCGGAGGGGACGGAGUAGCAGGGGAGGGACGAAGGGGGAGGCCCAGUGUGCGGUAUCGUAAUGAUGAUACGAUCGGGAUUUGGUUGGCCAGGUUUGGGAUGUGGCGACAGAUAGAGGAAGGAGACGAAGAGUCACCGCGAUAAAGCUGAAGCAUGCAAGGGAUUGCUGAAGUCGAGGACGUCGAGAAGGAAGCGGAAACACAAGCAGAAGGUAGUGGGGACCCAAUCUGUGAAGAAGGGGAUCUUCAACGCCGAUUGAAAGGGGGAGGGAGGGAAGUUUAGGGUCACGUGGAUCGAGAAGAGGAGCUUCUUUGUACGGUAGUCUCCCCGAGAGGAGAUUCCAUUGCUUGACCUGCUUGGUGCUAGGUGAGGUUGAGUAAAAAUGCAGAUCUUUGUGAAGACCCUGACGGGCAAGACCAUAACGUUGGAAGUCGAGAGUAGCGAUACCAUCGACAAUGUGAAGACGAAGAUUCAGGACAAGGAAGGGAUUCCUCCUGAUCAGCAGAGACUCAUCUUUGCGGGAAAGCAGCUUGAAGAUGGCAGGACCCUCGCAGAUUAUAACAUCCAGAAGGAGUCUACCCUACAUCUUGUCCUGAGACUUCGUGGCGGAAUCAUCGAGCCUUCGCUGAUGGCUCUUGCGAGGAAGUACAAUCAGGAGAAGAUGAUUUGCCGCAAGUGCUAUGCGAGGCUGCAUCCGCGAGCGGUGAACUGUCGGAAGAAGAAGUGUGGCCACAGCAACCAGCUGCGGCCCAAGAAGAAGAUCAAGUGAGAGAUGAUGAUCGCUUUCGGUGUGGUAGUCUUUGUGCUCCAAGUUGUGCCAUUUCGAGUGUCGCUGGCUCUCGAGUGCCGAAGCAGCGAUGGCGGCAUCAGAGAUGGAUCUGUAGAUUUUGAAGCGACGACGUUGUCGUUGGUGUGAUGAAGGCUGUAGUUCUGGUGUAUUCGUGGCCAAAGUUUUCUGCCGCCUCACACGCACGCAAUGUGUAGUAGACUUUCUGCAGGAGCGAGGAUGUGUCCUUGAUGAUUUCACGGGCUCUGUGGGUGUUAAAGGGUGUGUAGGGUUUGUCAUUGCAGUCGUGAUUUUGGAUACUCGGUAAUUGGAAAAGACAUAUCUCUCACCCCUUGUGUGAGGAAGGCGUUUAAGCAAAAAAAAGAAAUCGAUCCUCUCCGAUCUUUGUUACGUCCUCGCGCUGUCAUCUGUGUAUGCGUGAGUCGGUGUGUGCGCAUCUCUAUGAGGAAGGCAUUUAAGCAAAAAGCAAUCGAUCGUCUCCAAUCUUUGUUACGUCCUCGCUCUGUCAUCUGUGUAUGGUUGAGUCGGUGUGUGCGCAUCUCUGGGAUCUCUUUUGUCUGCGGAACGAACGAGUCAGUGAUUGUCGAUCCCGUUUGUCAGUGUCUGAGCGACUCCCACGUCAUGCUUCAUUGUUCAAUGGGAUUGCCUUAAAGCACGUACUUAUUGUGUCGAGAUUGUAACUGGCGACCUUUUUUUUUACCCCUACCCUAUAAAGCAUGUACGUAUUGUAUCGGGGUCUUAACCCCUUUUUCUUUUUUCUUUUUUUUUGCUGUGCCUACGUGUCUCUGCAAUAGGCGGCAGGGAUCGUCUGAACCGCCGCAACACUGCUCUGGUGACCAGUCUUUUUUUUUUUUUUUUUUUUCUGGUGACAAGUGUGGGAAGGAGUCGGAACGGACUUUUUGCGGGCAAUGAAAAAAAGUGGAAGCC